GACAGUGACCAACUUUGAGGCCAUUCCCUUCUUUUCUUCUCCAUUUUAAUAGUGACCACUGAUUACUAGUCCCAUAAUCUGAACCUUAAGAAUGGCCAAAAAGGCUUUGAAUGAAUGAAUGAAAGAAAGGCACAGCCCAAGUUUGCUUUAGCAGAUUCCAAGGUAUCUGACUCAAACCUUUGCAAUGGAUUUGAAGGGCACUUGUCAUAAUAAUAUUAAUAAUGUUUCUGAUGGCUACAUGUUUCUUGAGGCCAGUGGUGACUCUGAGGCUGAUUUCAUCAAUCCCAACAUGGUUGAACAACAACAUGCUUAUGAAUAUGGAAUUCACAAUAUUGCAGAUGUUGAUGAUGCUCAAUCUUGCAGCUAUGAUGAUGAAUUUGAGAACCCUUCUGAGAAGCUAAAAGGGUGUUUGAAUGCUGCUUCUUCUACUGAUGAUGAUCAAGAUGGGGUGAAGAAAAAAGGUGACUUUUGUGGAAAUUCAUGUUGUGAUGAAGAUUUUGGGAUGAUACAAGAACAUUAUAAGUCAUGUGUCUCUGAUGAUUCAUGUCUUGAGCCAGUAGAUGAGGUGGAGAAGAGCAGGCAGUUCUGGGAAGCUUGCUUAGCUUCUUGAUCAAUUUGUGUUUGUGAGUGAGCAUUUCUUUUUCUAAAGAUCACUGCUUCUUUUCUGGUUUCUCAGUAUCCCAAUUGAGGAUUUGCUUCACCAGAAACAUUUAUUCUUUUUUUAACUUUAUUCUUGAAAAUAUUGGGUUUGGGGGGUCCACUUUAAUUGUAUGCAUACUUAAACAGAAUUGUACACACUACACAAAAAAGUUUAUGAUUUUCACUCAUUCAAAGAUUCAAUAAGUUCUGCACUUAGUCCUAUAAUUGAGUGUAGUAGAAUGCAUCAUCAUUCUCUCUUCUUUUCUUUAUAACACUAUUUGAUUGAAUGAUUUCAUAUAGUUAGCACUUCCUUUCUUGAAUUCAAUUAUGUCAAGUAUGUUUGACAUGUUUGUUGAUUUUGAAGGGAAGAUGUGACAUGGUUAUUCCUCAAGCUAUGUAUGUAACUAUAGUUGUAAUAAUAACAUCUGUUUGAGAUGUGUUGAAAUUCAGAUGAUCACGUUUUUCCAUGGCUAUGAGAUUUAGGAAAGUUGGGUGUUGGGAAAGUUAGCCAGGGAAGACAUAUGGCCCAGCAGCCAUAAUAGCUGGAAAGUCUAGGUUUCAUUUGGUCCCACUCAUUAAAAAUCCUCAGUUCUUGUUUCAAUGAAAGCAUGGAUUGUACGAAAAAUGUUAAACGAAGUACCUAGCACUGGGAACAGGAGCGGGAACAUGAACCUCUAACUCAACGGGAAGACCAAGGAAGCCAUUGAAGCGAUCGAAGGUGACAUGACUAACGUGCUUAACGUUUGUGGGCC